UUUGGGGGUGACCGCCAGAGCGCGGCGCGAGCCCUCCCCCUCGGGAUCCCGCGUCGGACCAGCAGCGCUGACGGACAGACAGACACCGCCCCCUGCCCCAGCGCCCACCUCCUCCCCGGCCGGCGGCCGACGGUGGACGCGGCGGCUAGCCGCGGGCAGGAGCCGGAGCCCGCGCCCGGAGGCGGGGUGGAGGGGGUCGGGGCUCGCGGCGUUGCACUGAAACUUUUCGUCCAACUUCUGGGCUGUUCUCGCUCCGGAGGAGCCGUGGUCCGCGCCGGGGCAGCCGAGCCGAGCGGAACCGGGAGAAGUGCUAGCUCGGGCCGGGAGGAGCCGCAGUCCGAGGAGGGGGAGGAGGAAGAAGAGAAGGAAGAGGAGAGGGGGCCGCGGUGGCGACUCGGCUCUCGGAAGCCGGGCUCAUGGACGGGUGACGCGGCUGUGUGCACAGACAGUGCUCCAGCCGCGCGCGCGCCUCAGGCCCUGGCCCGGGCCUCGGCUCCGGGAGGAAGAGGCGCCCGCCUGGGCGCCGACGAGAGCGGGCCACCCCGCAGCCCGAGCCGGAGAGGGAGCGCGAGCCGCGCCGGCCCCGGCCGGGCCUCCGAAACCAUGAACUUUCUGCUCUCUUGGGUGCAUUGGAGCCUUGCCUUGCUGCUCUACCUCCACCAUGCCAAGUGGUCCCAGGCUGCACCCAUGGCAGAAGGAGAGCAGAAACCUCACGAAGUGGUGAAGUUCAUGGACGUCUACCAGCGCAGCUACUGCCGUCCAAUUGAGACCCUGGUGGACAUCUUCCAGGAGUACCCUGAUGAGAUCGAGUACAUCUUCAAGCCGUCCUGUGUGCCCCUGAUGCGGUGUGGGGGCUGCUGCAAUGAUGAGGGUCUGGAGUGUGUGCCCACCGAAGAGUUCAACAUCACCAUGCAGAUUAUGCGGAUCAAACCUCACCAAGGCCAGCACAUAGGAGAGAUGAGCUUCCUACAGCACAACAAAUGUGAAUGCAGACCAAAGAAAGAUAGAGCAAGGCAAGAAAAAAAAUCAGUUCGAGGAAAGGGAAAGGGGCAAAAAAGAAAGCGCAAGAAAUCCCGGUAUAAAUCCUGGAGCGCUCCCUGUGGGCCUUGCUCAGAGCGGAGAAAGCAUUUGUUUGUACAAGAUCCGCAGACGUGUAAAUGUUCCUGCAAAAACACAGACUCGCGUUGCAAGGCGAGGCAGCUUGAGUUAAACGAACGUACUUGCAGAUGUGACAAGCCAAGGCGGUGAGCCGGGUGGGAGGAAGGAGCCUCCCUCAGGGUUUCGGGAACGAGACGUCUCACCAGGAAAGACUGACACAGAAUGACCCAUAGCCGCUGCCCCUGCACCACCACCACCAUCAACAGAACAGUCCUGAAUCCAGAAACCUGACAUGAAGGAAGAGGAGGCUGUGCGCAGAGCACUUUGGGUCCGGAGCGCAAGACUCUGGCAGAAGCAUUCCCGGGCGGGUGACCCAGCACGGUCCCUCUUGGAAUUGGAUCGCCAUUUUAUUUCUCUUGCUGCUAAAUCACCGAGCCCGGAAGAUUAGAGAGUUUUAUUUCUGGGAUUCCUGUAGACACACCCACCCACAUACAUACGUUUAUAUAUAUAUAUAAAAUAUAUAAAAAUAAAUAUAUAUAUUUUAUAUAUAUAUAUAAAAUAUAUAUAUUCUUUUUUUUAAAUUAACAUUGCUAAUGUUAUUGGUGUCUUCACUGGAUGUAUUUGACUGCUGUGGACUUGAGUUGGGAGGAGAAUGUCCCCACCCAGAUCCUGACAGGGAAGAGGAUGGAAGGAGAGACUCUGGCAUCAUCUUUUUAUCCCUCUUAGGGAAGCCGGGGUCCCCUUCCCUGCCUGGGAACGCGCAAGGCCAGGGCACGGGGGCAAAUUUGGCCUGCUUUUGGAAACACCGACAAACCCAGCCCUGGCCCCGAGCCUCUAUCCCGAGUCAAACGGACAGAAAGACAGGCAACAGGUACAGGGCGUGAGGACGCUGGCUCUGACCAGGAGUUUGGGGGAGCCUCGGGACACUGCUGUGCUUUGGAGAACCCCUCCACGUGCUGCAUGGGCAUCUUGCCCCCAGGGGCACUGCCUGGAAGAUUCAGGAGUCUGGGCAGCCUUCACCUUCUCUCACCCGCUUCUGAGAUGCCCAGGAGGCCACUGACAUGCCUUGGCAAAGAGAAGAGAGACGUUGGUGGAGGAAGGGCUGCCCAGUGACAGCUCGUCCUCCGAGGGAAGGGCCUCCUGCCUUGGCCCUCUCCCAGCUUUGCUUCCCGGGCGCAGCCCAGGAGGGCCCAAUGUCCUCAGACCAUUGAAACCACUAGUUCUGUCCCCCCAGGAGACCUGGCUGUGUGUGUGUGAGUGGUUAACCCACCUCCAUCCCCCAACCCGACCCUUCCUGCGGCAUAGAGAGACAGGGCAGGGUCCCCGUGCCCACCCUGGAGGCAGAGAAAAGAGAAGUGUUUUAUAUAUGGUACUUAUUUAAUAUGCCCUUUUAAUUAGAAAUUAAAACAGUUAAUUUAAUUAAAGAGUAGGGUUUUUUUCAGUAUUCUUGGUUAAUAUUUAAUUUCAACUAUUUAUGAGAUCUAUCUCUUGCUGUCUCGCUCUCUCUUAUUUGUACUGGUCUUUGUGUAUAAAAUUCCUGUUUCCAAUCUCUCUUGCUCUGAUCGGUGACAGUCACUAGCUUGUCCUGAACAGAUAUUUAAUUUUGCUAACACUCAGCUCUGCCCUCCCCUUUCCCUUGGCUCCCCACCACACAUUCCUUUGAAAUAAGGUUUCAAUAUACAUCUACAUACUAUAUAUAUAUUUGGCAACUUGUGUUUGUGUGUGUAUAUAUAUAUAUAUAUAUAUAUAUAUGUUUAUGUAUAUAUGAUUCUGAUAGACAUUGCUAUUCUGUUUUUUAUAUGUAAAAACAAAACAAGAAAAAAUAGAGAAUUCUACAUACUAAA